AGCGAGUUGGGCCGAGCCGAGCGAGCAGGGCUGAGUGGCCCCAUGAUUAGGGGAUGACUCCCGGGAGCUCGCCGCGGUGAGCUCGGACUUGUCGCCGCCGCCGCCGCCCUGGAGGGGACGUGACCUCCGCCACAAUGUUUAGGAGGAUUUUGCAGAGGACUCCGGGCAGAGUUGGAUCUCAGAGUUCUGACUCCGAUUCAUCUGCAGUCCCAGGAAAUGCGGUGGAUGUCAACAAUGAGAGCUCUUCAGAGGGCUUCAUCUGUCCAGUGUGCAUGAAAAUGUGUGUUACUGCCACUGAUCUGUCUGAACAUUACCAUGAGCACGUUGGGAUAGCAACAAGAAGAUUGGAGCUUCGUGAACUGCCUACUGCCACUGGAUUUAUUUGUCCUCUUUGUAUGAAGUCUCAUGGAUCAGCUGAAGAACUUUUUAAGCACUAUGAAGCAGUUCAUGAAUCUGGUAUCGAUACAAGCCAAGGAAGAGAAACUAACAUGUCUCCAAACAGAGAUGAUGUAACACUACUACGGCAAGAAGUUCAAGACUUGCAAGCUUCACUUAAGGAGGAGCGAUGGUACUCUGAAGAGCUGAAGAAAGAAUUAGAGAAAGUUCAAGGGCAGAGGCAGCAAGAGUCUAAACCUGAUGGACUGGAAACUGCUGCAUCUACAGAAUUAGAAUCAUUAGAACAGCAGCUAGAAGAGAGUCAUGUAGAAAACUUUAAUAUUAAGCAGAUGAAAGACUUAUUUGAACAGAAAGCAGCACAGUUGGCCACUGAAAUUGUGGAUCUUAAAGCCAAAUAUGAUGAAGAAACAAGCCUUCGACAAGCUGCUGAACAGAAAGUGGCCAGUUUGACACAAGAGCUACAAAAAGAGAGAGGUGUAUGCGAAGAUUUGAAAACAGAGCUGCUUGAGAGGCCUGGGGUGGAAGACGUUGCUGUUUUAAAGAAGGAAUUAGUUCAAGUUCAAAUGCUGAUGGACAAUAUGACUUUGGAGCGUGAGAAAGAAUCUGAGAAACUGAAAGAUGAGUGUAAUAAUUUGCGAGCAGAAUGUUCAACCUCAGAGACUACCAUAAAUCAGUUAAGAGCUGAACUUGCCAAAGGACCACAGGAGGUUGCAGUAUAUGUACGGGACCUUCAGAAGCUUCAGACUUCAGUUAAUGAAUUAACACAGAAAAACCAGAGUCUGGCAGAAAAGUUGAAAAAGAGAGAGUUGGGUUAUACCCAGUUAGAAGAAAGUCUAAAUGAAGAAUUACUCGGCAAAAAAAAUCUGCAAGCAACCCUUAAUCAAAAGGACUUGGACUGUCAACAACUUCAGGCAAGGCUGUCUGCAUCUGAGGACUCAUUACAGAGGUUACAGAAAGAAUUGGGUGAAAGGAGAGAAGCAAGUCAGAAGCUUAAGGAAGAAUUGUCAGAAGCUGAGACCAAGUACCAACACCUCAAGGCCGAGUUCAAACAGCUACAACAACAAAGGGAGGAAAAAGAACAGCAUGGCCUACAACUUCAAAAUGAACUAAAUCAGUUGCACAAUAAACUUCUGGAGACAGAGCAUCAGCUUGGGGAAGCACAUGGCCGGCUAAAAGAGCAGAGACAACUGUCAAGUGAAAAGCUGAUGGACAAGGAGCAGCAGGUGGCUGACCUUCAGCUAAAACUUUCACGGGCUGAGGAGCAGCUAAAGGAGAAAGCAGCAAAUGCAACUGAAUUGCAGCAUCAGUUAGAUAAAAUGAAACAGCAGCACCAGGAGCAACAGAAUCUUCAGCAAAGCACGACGGCAAAGCUGCGAGAAGCCCAGAAUGAUUUGGAGCAAGUGCUACGUCAGAUUGGGGAUAAGGAUCAAAAAAUCCAAAAUCUUGAAGCCCUGCUGCAAAAGAGUAAGGAGAAUAUCACCCUGUUGGAAAAGGAAAGGGAGGAUUUGUAUGCCAAAAUUCAAGCCGGUGAAGGAGAAACUGCUGUUCUUAACCAGCUACAAGAAAAGAACCACACUUUGCAAGAACAGGUUACUCAGCUGACGGAAAAACUGAAAAACCAGUCAGAAAGUCAUAAACAGGCCCUAGAGAAUUUGCAUGAACAAGUGCAGGAGCAGAAGGCGCACCUAAGAGCCUCUCAAGACCGCGUUCUCUCCUUAGAGGCAACUAUAAGUGAACUAAAUAAUCAGCUAAGUGAAAGCAAAGAAAAAGUAAUACAACUUGAUUUGCAGGUAAAAGCAAAGACUGAAUUGCUUCUAUCAGCAGAAGCAGCAAAAGCUGCUCAAAGAGCAGAUCUCCAGAAUCACUUGGACACUGCCCAGAAUGCAUUACAAGAUAAACAGCAGGAGCUAAAUAAGGUCAGUACACAGUUGGAUCAGGUUACUGCUAAGCUGCAUGACAAACAAGAAUUCUGUACUCAGCUGGAAGCUAAUCUUAAAGAGUACAAAGAAAAGCAUCUUCAUUUAGAGCAGAAAAAUGAAGAACUGCAAGGUCAGCAUAAGAAACUUGAAUCUGACAUUCUUGAAAUCAUGGGAAGCAAGGAAAAGGCACUUCAGGAGCUACAGGAGCAAAGGCAACAAUGCACAGACUUAAGUCUGAAGGCUGCAGAACUGACCAAACAACUAGACAGAGAAAGAGAAAUAAUAUCUAGUACCAAAUUAGAUCUACAAAAGAAAUGCGAUAGCUUGGAAGAAGCAAACAACCAGAUAUUGAAGCAAGAAGAAGAAAAUGGAAGACUGAAAUUGGAUAUUGAGAAAUUACAUCAAGAUUCAGACAGACGUCACAAGGAACUGGAUGGAAGGCUGCAAGCGGUGACAGAGGAUUUGCAGAAGAUGAAGUUCGAAAAAGAUACUCUAUUAAAGGAACUUGAAGUCAUCAAAGGCAAACUGUCAAAAAGCACUGAAUCUUUGAAAGAAGCAAAAGAUGAAUUGGAAAAAGAGAAACAGAAAGGAAAGGCAGCAGUGGCAGAAAUAGAGAAAUCUUGUCAAGAAGCUAGACAUCAACUCCAGCUUCAGUCGGAAUCUAUAGCUAAAGAGCAGAAUGAACUGAAAAACUCACUGGAAAAGCAAGAAGGGAUCUCCAAGCAGCUGGCAACAGAGCUUGAUUCAGCGCGUGCGCAAGUCCUGCAGAUUCAAAGUGUCCUGAAAGAAAAAGAAAAGAACGAACAGCUGUUGCAGUUGAAGGUGAAAGAACUGAAGGAAUCUUUUGACCAGAAGAAAAAGCAAAAUGAAACACAGCAAGCUGAAUUAAAGUCAGCUCUCUUAGAAAAGGCAGAACUGGAGAAUAAACUGCAGCAGCAGAUAACAUUGUCAGCACAAGAGCUUACGGCAGAGAGAGAAAAGAUAGCAGAGCUACAGAAGACCCAUAAAAAGACCCAAGAGAACAUGGAAAAACUUCAGUUGGAUUUUUAUGGCAAAGAAUCUGAGCUCUUGGCUACACGACAAGAUCUUCAGUCCACAGAGGAGAAGCUUGCUUUGGCCCAAGAAGAAUUGGUUUCAAACAGAAAUCAAAUUAAUAAUCACAAUCAGUUGAUCAAAGAACUUAAGACUGUAAGAUCUACAUUAGAGCAGGAUGUGUCUAAUAAAGAACAACAACUGAAAGAGCAGAAUAAACUGUUACAGGAAAUACAGAAAGACAAGGCUGGAAAAGAAACAGAUCUGGCUAACGAAAGAUCUAAAACAACUGAGCUUCAGAACAUAAGCACCAAACUGGAAAAAGAAAAUUCCAAACUAAGAGAAGAAGCCAGAACCUGCAAACAGGAAUUGGAAAAAGAGAUAACAAAUUUAAAGGAUGCCAAACAACUAUUGAUCAAGCAGAAACUGGAAUUACAGGGAAAAGUUGAUAAUAUUAAUUCAGCUCUUGAGCAGGAGAAAAAGAACCAAGAAGUUAUCAAAGAUCAGUUGAAAAAGAGAGAAGAAGAAAUGAAGAAGAAAUGUGCUGAGAUUGAGGCAAAACUGCAAGCUGAGAAAAAGGAAAAAGAUGAGCAAUAUAAAAGUCACGAGGAGGCUGAGGGUAAACUCAACAUGCAGAUCACAGCUUUAAAUGAAAAUCUGGGUACAGUGAAGAAAGAGUGGCAAAGCAGCCAAAGAAGAGUUAGUGAAUUAGAAAAACAAACAGAUGAUUUACGUGGAGAGAUCGCAGUACUGGAAGCCACAGUGCAAAAUAACCAAGAUGAGAGGAGAGUGCUGCUGGAAAGGUGCCUUAAAAGUGAAGGAGAAAUUGAAAAACUUCAGAGCAAAUUGAUGGAUGCACGAAGAAAACUGGAUGACACUACUGCAGCCAUGCAAGAACUAGGCAGAGAGAACCAGUCGCUGCAGAUCAAACACUCACAAGCCCUGAAUCGGAAAUGGGCUGAAGACAAUGAGGUUCAGAAUUGCAUGGCCUGUGGGAAAGGUUUUUCCGUAACAGUAAGAAAGCAUCACUGCAGACAGUGUGGAAAUAUAUUCUGUGCCGAGUGCUCAGCUAAGAAUGCCUUAACUCCUUCUUCUAAGAAACCCGUUCGUGUCUGUGAUACUUGUUUCAACGACUUGCAAGGAUAAUUGCUCACAGCUCUUAAAUGUUAUGCUAGAAUAAAGUUUCUGUUAUGCACUUCGUACAACACUCAGACUACUCUUUGGUUUGGGUGAUGAUUGUAACAAUGGGCAAAAUUAUAGUAUUGUUGAAAAUAUACAUAUAAAAAAGUCAAACAAUUGUUCUUCUUGUGAGGCUGAAAUUAUCUAUGGCUUAUUUGGUUUUGAUCCUACGAGAGCUUCUGUGUCUAGUUUAUAAGUCCCCAGUAACUUGUAAAUAAAGUUUAAACAGAGGAGUAA